AUGGCUGUUCGUCGCCCUCUAAGCCUGUGGGCUUUUUUACUUUUUCUUUUGUUUGCGCUGAUUGUCUCGGGCUCGAAUAUCGUUGAGCGAGGAGAUAUAAACACGGAUGGAAGCAGCAGUGGAAGCAGUAGUGGAAGCAGCAGUGGAAGCAGCAGUGGAAGCAGCAGUGGAAGCAAGGACGAAAAUAAGGAUGACAAGAAGGAUGAGUGCACGAUGCCGACCCCCGACACGCCCGCCAGCCAGGUCAAGUACAACUACAUUUCCAGCAGUGGAGACUGCACCGACGACCAGAAGAAAUUGCUCGAAGAAGAAAUCCGAUUUGCGAUCGACAUGGCCAAGGCAGGACGGAACAAGGCCGGCCUCAGCGUGAACUAUUACUACCGAUUAUUCUUCCCCAGAAGCCUGCGGAGCGAGAGUGGUUUUAGCACCGAUGUCCGCAACGUCUAUGACCGCAUCGUGGAAUUCCUGAGUGGACAUGACCCAGACAACCAUCCGCGAUUGACUUGCGUCCAGUCCGAGAAGUGCAAAAAAAGUUCCCGGACGCCAAUCCAUAUGAACCCCAGGUACAAGACGCUUACCUUUUGCAAUCGCUUCUUCGACCCCGACUCCAUUUACGUGACGGAUCGGGGCACUUUCUCUACGGUGGAGGAAUUGUUGUCCUGUCAAAUGUCGCUCAAACAGGCCCAUUUCUCCCGCGCCUCAGUGCUGUGCCAUGAAAGCACCCACACCCGCUAUGUUUUCGGUGGAGGGCCCAAGGGGAAGAUGGGGUUGGAUAUCGCAUAUGGCAUUGUUCAGAACCUGCAGCUUCCUAAGGGGACUUACAAUCGGGGGCAAUGGAAGAAGGAUGAGAAGCAAGAAUCGAUGCCGGUCAGAUGUCCUGAUCCCAAGGAUAAGACGAAAGAUGGAAUCUGCGAUGAGAAAAAGUCGAAGGACAACUCGGACUCGUACAUCUUUCCUUUGGCUGGAAUCUACUUCAGUGAAAAAUGCCACCGCUUGAUUCAGUUGCCGAGAGGUUCUUGA